UACUCAGGGUCCAGGGCUCCUGGUGGCCGCAGGGCUGCCCUCGGCUUCUGCCAGGUCCCUGAUUCCAAGAUAAAGGAAGAGAUAGCGUGUUCCGCGGUCCACUCCCGUGAGACCCAGCGUGGUUUCUUCCUAGAAAGGAGAAGCUGCAGGCCGAGCGGGGCUGACCUCGCAGCACGCGCGGGCAGGGGUUCAAGUUCACGGCAGCCUCUGGGUCUUGCCUUGCGACAGGUCUCUUUUUUUCUAGGAAUUUGACCAUGUUGUCCUGUCUCAGAGAACAAACACAUCUAUUGUGGGCCUAGCCUGGGUUCCUGCCUUUGAAAAUAAGGAAAGGUCAGUAGAUAACAGCAGAAGAGAAGUCUAAUUUCAAGAUUUUAUGAACAACAAGAACCACAUGGACUUCUCUGAGGAAGAUUGAACUGGCCUGAGUUUAAGGGAAAGGAUCAGGUAAUGUGUGCCCAACCUGUAACUAACACCAAGGAGGUCAGGUGGCAGAAGGUCUUGUAUGAACGGCAGCCCUUCCCUGAUAACUAUGUGGACCGGCGGUUCCUGGAAGAGCUCCGGAAAAACAUCUAUGCCCGAAAAUACCAAUAUUGGGCUGUGGUGUUUGAGUCCAGUGUGGUGAUACAACAGCUGUGCAGUGUCUGUGUUUUUGUGGUCAUCUGGUGGUAUAUGGAUGAGGGUCUUCUGGCCCCUCACUGGCUCUUUGGAACUGCCCUGGCAUCUUCACUGGUGGGUUACAUCUUGUUCGAUCUUAUUGAUGGAGGCGAAGGGCGGAGGAAGAGCGGGCGGACCCGGUGGGCUGACCUGAAGAGUGCCCUGGUCUUCAUUGCUUUCACUUACGGCUUUUCCCCAGUGCUGAAGACCCUGACAGAGUCCGUUAGCACUGACACCAUCUAUGCCAUGUCAGUCUUCAUGCUGUUGGGCCACCUCAUCUUCUUCGACUAUGGGGCCAAUGCCGCCAUUGUAUCCAGUACACUGUCCUUGAACAUGGCCAUCUUCGCUUCUGUCUGCCUGGCUUCGCGUCUUCCCCGGUCUGUGCAUGCCUUUGUCAUGGUGACAUUUGCCAUCCAGAUUUUUGCACUGUGGCCUAUGUUACAGAAGAAACUGAAGGCCUGUACUCCCCGCAGCUACGUGGGCGUCACGCUGCUCUUUGCGUUUUCAGCCUUGGGAGGCCUGCUGUCCAUCAGUGCUGUGGGAGCCAUACUCUUUGCUCUGCUGCUGGUUUCCAUCUCAUGUCUCUGCCCUUUCUACCUCAUUCGCCUGCAGCUUUUCAAAGAAAACAUUCAUGGACCUUGGGAUGAAGCCGAAAUCAAAGAAGACUUGUCCAGGUUCCUCAGCUAAGUUAGGGACCCCCGUUACACUAUUAAGGCAAGCUGACAGACUGGCAUCCUAACCAACAUAAAGUUGGAAGGCAGAGCCCAUUCUGGAAGCAGCAGCCUGAUGAUGUGGAUGAGAACAGAUCAGAAGAAAAAUUCAACAAAGGCGUGGGUGGUGAAGGUGCUACCCUUUCUGCCAUUUUAUGAUGAAAACGUUUCCUGGUGCCCUCUUGAAUUAUUGCCUCUCAUCUGUUAGUCACUAUAACAGAUGAAGUGAUAUAGUCAUUAUUAAAAACGUAACAACACAUCCAUCAA